AUGGUGUGUCUGUGGCUCCCCAGAGGCCCCUGUGUGGCAGCUGUGGUCCUGACGCUGAUGGUGCUGAGCGGUACUGUGGCUUUGGUCAGGGACCCCCGACCACGUUUUCUGCUGCAGCUGAAGGCUGAGUGCCGUUACCUCGACGGGAGGGAGCGUGUGAGGACUGUGACCAGAUUCAUCUAUAACCAGGAAGAGUUUGCCCACUUUGACAGUGACGUUGGGAAGUUCUUGGCAGUGACUGAGCUGGGGAGGCCCAUAGCUGAGGACUUGAAUAGCCAGAAGGACGUCCUGGACAACUAUCGGGCCUCAGUGGACAGGUGCAGAAAUAACUAUGCACUUGUUGAGUGGUUCCUGUUGAAGUUAAAAGUUGAGCCCCAGGUGACUGUGUACCCGACAAAGACGCGGCCCCUGGACCACCACAACCUCCUGGUCUGCUCUGUGAGCGGCUUCUACCCCGGAAACAUUGAAGUCAGAUGGUUCCGGAACGGCCAGGAGGAGAAGACUGGGGUUGCGUCCACAGGCCUGAUCCGAAAUGGAGACUGGACCUUCCAGACCCUGGUGAUGCUGGAGAUGGUUCCUCAGAGUGGAGAGGUUUACACCUGCCAGGUGGAGCACCCCAGCCUGACCCGCCCUGCCACAGAGGAGUGGAGGGCUCAGUCCACGUCUGCACAGAGCAAGACGCUGAGUGGAGUUGCAGUCGGCGUGCUGGGUCUGCUGUCUCUUGCAGGGGGGCUGUUCAUCUACUUCAGGAACUGACAGGACUCCUGAGCUGAGGAGAAGUGACAAGGCUGGAGGAAGGAGCUCCCCUGUCUCCAUGGCAUGAAAACGUGUCCUGUCUGGUUCGCAUUCCUCCAUUGACAGUGCUACCCAGGACCUGGCUCCUCCUGACCCUGGACCCUGCAGACCUGUGCUCCCUAAUGGCCUGCUCAGCCCCUGCCUGGGCCUGCAGCCCCAGGACAGAAGGCCUCUCCUCUUCCCUGUCCUGCCCCCGUGGAUUCCCUUGCCCUUUGUCUGGUGCAUCUGAGCCUAUCCUGUGACACUAUCCCUUAUCACGUUUUUCCUCAAAUAAGCAUGCAGUUUUAAGGACAAGAUGUAGAAAACAGAAAGGAAAGAUUAUAUCACCACAACAUAGCUUUCAUUUAGUUACAAGAAUGUGAGGUAA